CAUGUGAGUAACACCAAUACAAAUGAGAAACCAUCGAAUGUGCCCAGUUGUGAAUAUCAUCCUGGCACUGAACUAGGAGGUAGAGUCCUGGAGAGGUGUAUAUUUUCUGAUGUUCAAAAAAGGCUCGGACCAUGGUGCAGUCCCACUGGCUCCCCUGCCCCCCUCUCCUGUGAGCCUGGCUGCGGGGAGGGAUCAUGGAUACUUGUCUGCCGGCUUCUGGUUCCCACGCAAGUAAGCCUGCUGUCAAUGGAGGAGGACAUUGAUACCCGCAAAAUCAACAACAGUUUCCUGCGCGACCACAGCUAUGCGACCGAAGCUGACAUUAUCUCUACGGUAGAAUUCAACCACACGGGAGAAUUACUAGCGACAGGGGACAAGGGGGGUCGGGUUGUAAUAUUUCAACGAGAGCAGGAGAGUAAAAAUCAGGUUCAUCGUAGGGGUGAAUACAAUGUUUACAGCACGUUCCAGAGCCAUGAACCCGAGUUCGAUUACCUGAAGAGUUUAGAAAUAGAAGAAAAAAUCAAUAAAAUAAGAUGGCUCCCCCAGCAGAAUGCAGCCUACUUCCUUCUGUCUACUAACGAUAAAACUGUGAAGCUGUGGAAAGUCAGCGAGCGCGACAAACGGCCAGAGGGUUACAACCUAAAAGAUGAGGAGGGCCGGCUUCGGGAUCCUGCCACCAUCACAACCUUGCGGGUGCCUGUCCUCAGACCCAUGGACCUGAUGGUGGAGGCCACCCCGCGAAGAGUAUUUGCCAAUGCACACACAUAUCACAUCAACUCCAUAUCAGUCAACAGCGACUAUGAAACCUACAUGUCAGCUGACGACCUGAGGAUUAACCUGUGGAACUUUGAAAUAACCAAUCAAAGUUUUAACAUCGUGGACAUUAAGCCGGCCAACAUGGAGGAGCUCACGGAGGUGAUCACGGCGGCCGAGUUCCACCCCCAUCACUGCAACACCUUCGUGUACAGCAGCAGCAAAGGGACAAUCCGGCUGUGCGACAUGAGGGCGUCGGCCCUGUGUGACAGGCACACCAAAUUUUUUGAGGAGCCGGAAGAUCCAAGCAACAGGUCGUUUUUCUCUGAAAUUAUCUCUUCAAUUUCGGAUGUGAAGUUCAGCCACAGUGGGAGGUACAUCAUGACCAGGGACUAUCUGACCGUUAAAGUCUGGGAUCUCAACAUGGAAAACCGCCCCAUCGAGACUUACCAGGUUCAUGACUACCUCCGCAGCAAAUUGUGCUCCCUCUACGAAAACGACUGCAUUUUUGAUAAAUUCGAGUGCGUGUGGAAUGGGUCAGACAGUGUCAUCAUGACCGGCUCCUACAACAACUUCUUCAGGAUGUUUGACCGAAACACCAAGCGUGAUGUCACCCUGGAGGCCUCGAGGGAGAACAGCAAACCCCGGGCUAUCCUGAAACCGCGAAAAGUGUGCGUGGGGGGCAAGCGGAGAAAAGACGAGAUCAGCGUCGACAGCCUGGACUUUAGCAAAAAGAUCUUGCAUACAGCUUGGCAUCCUUCAGAAAAUAUUAUAGCAGUGGCGGCUACAAAUAACCUAUAUAUAUUCCAGGACAAGGUUAACUAGGAGGACAAGUUAUUAUUACUUAAUAAUCUCACAUACUGAAUACUAGUCAAACACGUUUUUAAAUGUU